AAUCGCGUGAACAGUCCUUUUCAGUUUCGACAGCAUGUGUGGAAUUUUCGCCUGCCACCGUCACCCGGAUGUCCAAAAGUUUAAGCCUACGGCACUCCGCAUGGGCAAAGCCGUCCGACAUCGGGGCCCAGAUUGGAGUGGAAACGUUAUCGCGAAUAAUACUAUUCUCGUACACGAACGUUUGAGUAUUGUCGGUAUUGGUGACACUGGGGCUCAGCCCAUCGUCAAUGAUGAAGGAACUGUAUCUUUGGCAGUCAAUGGGGAGAUCUAUAACCACAGGGUCCUACGAAAACACCUCCAAAAGCCAUACAAUUUCAAGACGCACUCUGAUUGCGAAGUUAUCAUACCAUUGUAUCUAGAGCAUGAUAUCGAUGCGCCCAAACACCUUGAUGGCAUGUUCUCAUGGGUACUCCAUGACAAGGUGCAAGACCGAAUUGUUGCAGCACGCGAUCCAAUUGGCAUCACCACCUUCUACAUGGGACGAUCAAGUGAAACUCCAGGAGCAGUAUACUUCGCCUCUGAACUGAAAUGUCUACACCCUGUCUGUGACGACAUCAUGAGCUUCCCUCCAGGACACGUAUAUGAUUCGAAUACGGACAAGAUCACACGCUACUACGUGCCCAAGUGGUUGAUGCAACCGGAGACCACUCCCGACACCCCUCUAAAUUACAAACUACUUCGAGAGACCCUGGAGACCUCGGUACGCAAGAGAUUAAUGGCCGAGGUACCAUAUGGAGUCUUGCUUUCAGGUGGACUUGAUUCGAGUUUGGUCGCAUCCAUUGCCCAGCGAGAGACACUGAGGCUGAAUGAAGAAGCUCGAAAACAGAUCGCCAACGGAAACGGCGUGUCUCAACAGAAUGGGCUUGUUGGUAUUGAUGAUGACAACCAGCUGUCUACUGUACAGCUCUUUCCGGUCCUCAACUCCUUCUCGAUAGGACUAAAGGACGCACCCGACACUGCGGCAGCCGAGGAGGCAGCACAAUUUUUAGGAACUCGCCACCACUCGUUCACUUUUACCAUCGAAGAUGGUCUUAAUGCCUUGUCCGAUGUCAUAUUCCAUCUUGAGACAUUCGAUGUUACUACAAUUCGAGCAUCUACCCCCAUGUUUUUGCUUAGCAGGAAGAUCAAGGCCAUGGGCGUGAAGAUGGUGCUUAGUGGCGAAGGUAGUGAUGAGAUAUUUGGCGGCUACCUCUACUUCCACGCGGCUCCUGAUAGAGACGCUUUGCACCAGGAAACCGUGCGCCGAGUCAAGAAUCUUCACCUUGCGGACUGCCUUCGUGCCAAUAAGUCGACUGCAGCAUGGGGAGUAGAAGCACGUGUGCCAUUCCUGGACAAGAAGUUUCUCGAUAUCGCAAUGAACAUAGACCCUAAGGAGAAAAUGAUCACCAAAGAGCGCAUCGAGAAAUACAUCUUAAGAAAGGCCUUUGAUACAAGCGAGGAACCGGACACCAAGCCCUACCUUCCGGAUAAGAUCCUGUGGCGACAGAAAGAGCAGUUCAGUGAUGGUGUUGGCUACGGAUGGAUCGACGCCUUAAGGGACAACGCUGAACUACACGUUAGUGACGAAGACAUGAAGAAGCCGAAGCCACAAUGGGGCGACGAUGUUCCGGACACUAAGGAAGCUUACUGGUAUCGCUGCAUGUUCGACGAGCAUUUUCCGUCUUCCUGCGCGUCAACAGUCAUGCGAUGGACGCCGACAUGGUCUAAACAGACAGAUCCAAGUGGACGGGCUAUAUCGUAUCAUCAGAAAAAGUAUGAGCAUGCAGAAUAAACGUGUUAUCUUCCUAAAUGAAGAUUCGGACAGAUAGUCGUUCAUUUUGGCGUCUUCGCUCUCCCUUGUUAGUGGAAAGUAUUCGGCUUGUAGAUGAUUUGCAUUACUCAUCGUAGAGUCGGUGAAUCUAGAAGUAUAGACUGAGAUGUAUAUUGGACGAGAACUGGUCAAGUAAUGAAAACCAAGAACGAAUGUCGUGCAUGAUGAAGCUCUCAUGGCUAGGAUGAGUGCACGGGUGUGGAUGAGGUGAAGCGUCUUUGGUGUCCGGCUCCGAGAUUUUCCGUGGUUGUUUUCCUUUCAGGGUGACCCACUCUUACGGAUUAGCUGUGAGGUAAAACGUUGAGCGCCAAAUCUUUCCUCCUUUCACCGCAAGACUCUCACAGAUUAUUGCACCAACAUCACAAUUCAG